AAAAGUACAUAACUUGUGUGUGGAUUUAAAGAUCCUAACGAACCCCCGUAAUAAACACUUUGCUGUAGGUCGAUGACCGCUGUAAAUUCUGGAUAAUGGCAUCCACUACCGGGGCUCGGGAUCUGGAGCAGAUAGUACGGGACGGACUCAGUACAUUAGUGCUGGGGUUCGGAUACAAGGUGGGGAUCGUUGACCACUUCAUUAAAAUCAAGCAACCAUGUACUGCAGAGGAACUCAGUCAGCAAGCCGGGAUGAAGAUAAGGUAUAUACAAGAGUGGCUGGGAUGCAUGGCAGCCUCGGGGAUCGUACAAGUCCAUGACGACGGACGGUAUUCUCUUCCUUAUGAGGAGAAAGUACUGAGGGAACAGGGCCAUAUUGCCAAUGCCCUGCCGAUACUGUGUGAAGCAGUGCCUCUUCUUGAGAAAGCAGUUACUGAAGAUGGACCCAGAGGUUACCCGUAUACUGCACCAUUCCUGAAAUUCGUGGAUGGAUUUCGCACACCAGAGGCUGUUCAAAUCUGGAUUCAAAAUUCACUCCGCCCGGUGCUCGAAAUGAAACCAGGUAACGAGUUUACUUUACUAGACUUGGGCUGUGGAUACGGGGCCCACGCUAGGAGGAUAGCUCAUCUGUAUCCCCAGAGUAACGUGUACGGGGUGGACAUGGAUCAGAAAUCCAUAGACCGGGCUAACUCAGAGUUAAACAAGGAGGGAAUUAAGAACGCUCAGUUCGUGUGUACUGUAGGAGGACAACUGCCGAGUGACUGGACAGAAAAGUUUGAUUUCGUCAUCAUAAAUGACGUUCUUCAUGACGCACCAGGAGUGGAUGAACUUCUGACGGAAGUGAAGCGAGUCCUCCGGUCAGAUGGUUUCGCCGCUGCGUUUGAUCCGGCUAUAUCCUCUUAUCAUAAAAACCAGGCAAAUGACAAAAAAUCACAGUUAAUGUUACCAUUUAGUCUUUUUUCAUGUCUUCCCAUGAGCCUUUCGGGCCCUACCGGCGAGGGACACGGGGUGGGAUGGGGCUAUGAGCUCCGGAAGGAGAAGAUAGAACAACAUGGAUUCCGUGUGGUCAGAGUCGGUGACUGUGACGUCAACACGAUACAGGACAGGAUCGUUUUCCAGAAGUAACGUUUUAUGUACAAAUUGACAUCAAAUACAAUUCUUGUACCAGACUUUUGAAAUAUCCAAUCUAAAGAGGCUUUGAAUGCCAAACUUGAUCGUAUGGCUAUAUACUGAACUUUUUAUUUAUGUAUAUACUCUCAAUAUUUUUUUAUAUAAUAAUUUCAAAUUUUUAAUGAUUUAAUCUUAAUAUAUGAUAAAUUCCAGAAAUAAUCAAUUUACCAAAUUAAUAUUCAUUGUAUAG